AUGGAGCGAUUAGCUUACGAAAUUCAAGGUUCGUGUAUCCAUAUUUUUUAUAAUAUAGCACAAAAAAGUGAAGGAGCCAAAGCAUUGAAUCAAGCAGAUGGUCUUCGAAUAUUAAAAGGUUGUACAUAUCGUCUGCUCGAUCCGAAUGUAACCAAUGGACAAUACGGUUUCGAAAAUAUGCAAUUACUCUACUGCAUGACCAUGUCUUUAUUGAUUGAACCGAACCAGAAUAGUGAAUAUGUCAAAAAUCAUCGUCGAAUUCUUGACUAUCUCAUGCAAUCGACAAUAAAUGCUAGUAAUAUGGAUGAUUUUUACUAUGCUGGUUUUCAUAUUUCAAGGCCAAUUAUUGUUCUUACAAAAUUAUUUGUACAAGAUGAAAUAAUAACAUAUGUACUUGCUGAAGCACCAGUGAAAAAUUUUCCGUUAUCAUCGAAAGUAGCAUUUUUUGCUAAUUUGCUCAUUCGCUUUCGUGGAGCAUUAACGAUGGAUGAAGACGAAGCUAAUGCAUUGACAUUGACUGCUUUGUUCAAUAUUCUAUGGAGUAUUUCAUUUCAUGACGAAUAUCUUUCGGAACUUCAAACUAAUCGACAAUUUUUGCUUACUGUGAAAACAUUUGCUUACGAUACAAGUGAAAUUCAAAAUGAACAAUAUGUUUUUUCCAACAUGUCUACGAUUUUCAAAGCGGCUAAUGGUAUUCUGUUGAAUCUUGGUGAAAACAUUAGCAAUCCUCGUCUCAAUAUUUGGGUUGACUUUAUCUAUUGUCGUAGUGGUGAUUUGUGGGAAGAAAUAAGUGAAGCGAUUGAAAAUUCUCAUGUUAUUCUAUUUAUAAUUACAAAGGAAUAUCAAAGUAGUAAAUCGUGCCGUCAAGAAGUGAUGUAUGCAAGAGAUACACUAAAGAAACGAUUUAUUCCUAUCUAUUUAAAAAAUGACUUUGUUGCCAGCAGUUGGUUAGGCAUACGUAUUGUUGGUGCGCAAUACAUUCGCUUUGGAAAACGGUCUUUCGGUGAUACCAUUACGGAAAUUCUUAAUCUAAUGCUUGAUAAUCCAUCACAAAAACAGAAACAAAAUGCAUUCAAACAAACAAAGAUACCCACGACUCUUGUUGCGGAUCCGAUCAAUAUUCAAGAUAAAAUUCUUGAUAAAAAUCUCGGGAAAAGUCAAGAUCGACCAGUCGAACUGAUUAUGAAUACUGUUACGAAUCAAAUCAAAUCGAUUGAACAAUGGACAUCCGAGGAUAUUAAUCAAUGGUUCGAGCAGAAUACUAUCGAGUCGAAAUUAAAAGAUCUCUAUCGAUUUCAACAUGGUACCGACCUUCUCUUAUAUAGACAAUGUUUACGACCCAAUUGGCAGCAUGAAUAUGCAGAUAUGCGAGAACGAUAUGCUCGCGAAUAUAAUGAAAUAUUAUAUCGGGAUCAAUUUGUACUUCUUGUCGGUGCCCUUGAUCGUCUUCAAUACGCACAGCAAAAACCAAAACUAGACAAUUAA